AUGUCCAUAUUUGUCUCUCUCUUGCAAUCUUUCAGGCCCUCUCUAUCUCUCUCUCUCUCUCUCGCACUGUCUCUUUCACACUCUCUCUCUCGCACUGUCUCUUUCACGUUUGCUCUCUAUCUCUCGCACUGUCUCUUUCACACACACACUCUCUCUCUAGUACUGUCUCUUUCACGCUCGCUCUCUCUCGCACUGUCUUUCAGGCUUGCUCUCUUUCCCUCUCUCGCACUGUCUCUUUCAGGCUUGCUCUCUCUCUCGCACUGUCUCUUUCAGGCUUGCUCUCUAUCUCUCGCACUGUCUCUUUCAGGCUCUCUCUCUCUCUCUCUCGCACUGCCUCUUUCAGCCUCGCUCUCUCUCUCUCUCUCUCGCAAUGUCUUUUUCAGGCUUGCUCUCUUUCUCACUCUCGCACUGUCUCUUUCAGGCUUGCUCUCUGUCUCGCACUGUCUCUUUCAGGCUUGCUCACUCACUCUCUCCCUCGCACUGUCUCUUUCAGGCUCUUUCUCUCUCUCUCUCUCGCACUGUCUCUUUCAGGCUUGCUCCCUCUCUCUCUCUCGCACUGUCUCUCUUUCAGGCUCGCUCUCUCUCUCUCGCACUGUCUCUUUCACGUUUGCGCUCUCUCUCUCCUUUUGUCUCUUUCAGGCUCGCUCUCUCUCUCUCGCACUGUCUCUUUCACGUUGCUCUCUCUCUCUCUCGCACUCUCUUCACGCUUGCUCUCUCUCGCACUGUCUCUUUCACGCUCUCUCUCUCUCUCUCGCACUGUCUCUUUCACGCUUGCUCUCUCUCUCUCUCGCACUGUCUCUUUCAGGCUCUCUCUCUCUCUCUCGCAUUGUCUCUUUCACGCUUGCUCUCUCUCUCUCUCGCGCUGUCUCUUUCAGGCUUGCUCCCUCUCUCUCUCUCGCACUGUCUCUUUCAGGCUCGCACUCUCUCUCUCUCGCACUGUCUCUUUCACGUUUGCGCUCUCUCUCUCGCACUGUCUCUUUCAGGCUCGCACUGUCUCUCUCUCGCACUGUCUCUUUCACGUUUGCUCUCUCUCUCUUGCACUCUCUCUUUCACGCUUGCUCUCUCUCUCGCACUGUCUCUUUCACGCUUGCUCUCUCUCUCUCUCGCACUGUCUCUUUCACGCUUGCUCUCUCUCUCUCUCUCUCGCACUGUCUCUUUCAGGCUCUCUCUCUCUCUCUCUCUCGCAUUGUCUCUUUCACGCUUGCUCUCUCUCUCUCGCACUGUCUCUUUCUGGCUUGCUCUCUCUCUAUCUCUCGUACUGUCUCUUUCAGGUUUGCUCUCUCUCUCUCUCGCACUGUCUCUUUCACGCUCUCUCUCUCGCACCCCCUUGCUCCUUCUCGCUCGCUCGCUCUUUAUUUUGUUCGCUCGGUUACUCUUUUUCGUUUGUUCGCGCUCUCUCUCUCUCUCUCUCUCACACACACACACACCUGA